AUGGAACAAGAUGAGGAGAAAACCAUCCUAAAACUUGAUCAUCACAUCGGAUCUAGAGUUUUAACUAAUUUUUAUAGGACCACUGCCAAGUUUGCCAAGUUGGAAAGUAAACUAAUCAACUAUUCGCAAUAUCUUUCACUAUUCAAGGGUGAAUUAAAUAUUCACUCAAGUACAAAAUUAUUAUUCAGAUCGAGUAGAGAUGGAUUUUCACUUUCUGAUUUUCAUUCUCGAUGCGACAAUCAACCAAAACUUGUAAUUAUUGUCAAGGCACAAAGGGGAGAGUUAUUUGGAGGAUACACAAGUCAGAAUAUCAACGUAGCAUUGAAUUGUUCAUCUGACUCUGUGAGGGAUAAUGAUUCCUUUACUUUUCAAUUUGGUGGCGAAAAAUUGUACGUUUUCAGAUUGUUGCCUUCGAGAUUGGAACAUGCAUUGCAUCGAUAUUCUUCAAGCUAUCUUUUUGCUUUUUCUUUCUCUUUCUGGAUUGGUGACAAUGCCAACCAUCAGACACUAUCCAGUUCACAUGGCCAAACAGAAGAAAAUAUUCUUCCUGAAGGUAGAUUACCACCAGGGAAACAGUAUUUUGGUGGAAUGAAUUUUCUUAUUGAGGACAUGGAGGUUUUCAAGAUUGAGUAA